AUGGCGCCACCUCACUCUCUUCCAUGUGGACCAAACUGCAGGAACGGAUUCUGUGCCCCAUACUGCUAUUAUAGCAGUCUAGCUCCACUGCCCCCACAUCUGCAGACGUACCAGCCACCGCCAUACUCACAACCACCAGGACCACCGCAGUAUGAUCCGCAAUAUCCCCCCCCCAACCUAUCCGCCGACUGCUCUGCCAAACUAUCCACCCACCAAUCCUCCGUACAAUCCACCAUACAUUCCUCCGGCAUACCCGUCCCAAUAUCCCUCUCACCCUCCGCAUUUACCUGA